UGGCGCGUGUUAAGCGAACGCAGUGUUUCGCGGACCGUCAACCCUUGCGCACGCGGAACGAGAGGGUGCGAGCAACAGUGGCGCCCCGGCAGUCGCUUCGAUUUUCGUCGGUGUGUUUUCGCGAAUCCGGCGUAACGGUUACACGUGCGUGUGUUCUCGCGUGUGCAGUGUCGCGAUUUCUCUCUAGAGGAAAGGAAGAGAAAGACGACGACCGUGCUCGAGCCAAACGCGACUUGCCAGCCGCGAUCUCGGGCGCGAGUGUCAGGGUUUCGUCGGGUGCAUUCGCGAUGAACGGGAACGCGAGAAGCGACGGCGGCGACACCGACGCGACGUCGUUGGGCGCGGACAUCCUCAACCCCUUCGUGCAUCGGCUGGAGCUCGGGUCGACCUACGAGAAGCUCAAGACGGUAUUCCUGACAAUUGCUCUCCUACCGUUCAGGCUAGCCGCCAUCACAACUUUGAUGAUCUUAGCGUGGCUGUUGGCCUGUCUGGGUCUUCAUGGAUUAUCCGAGGAGGAUCUCAGACGAGCUCCUCUCAAAGGAUGGAGGCGAGACAUGCGCAUCGUGAUCUGCUGGAUGAUGCGGGCGUUAUUUCUCUGCGGUGGAUUCCAUCAUCUGAAGGUCAAGGGCCGCAAGGCGGAAACUAAGGAUGCGCCGGUGCUGGCUCUCGCUCCGCAUUCCAGCUUCUUCGAUGCACUUCCGGUCGUGUACCUCGGCGGGCCGAGCAUCGUUGCCAAGGGGGAGAGUAGACGCCUCCCUUUCUUCGGAAAGCUAAUCAACUAUACGCAACCGGUGUACGUGUGGAGAGAGGACCCGAAUUCCCGGCAGAACACCAUCAAGGAGAUCAUCGAGAGAACCACUUCUAAGGAAGAUUGGCCGCAGGUUAUGAUAUUUCCCGAGGGAACCUGCACAAACCGGUCAUGCUUGAUCACGUUCAAAUCGGGCGCGUUCUAUCCAGGCGUGCCUGUGCAACCGGUGUGCAUCAGAUAUCCCAACAAGCUGGACACAGUAACGUGGACCUGGGAAGGUCCUGGCGCGUUGAAACUGUUAUGGCUGACAUUGACGCAAUUGAAUAGCAGCUGCGAGAUCGAAUUCCUUCCUGUGUAUAAUCCGAGCGAGGCGGAGAAGAUGGAUCCCAAACUGUACGCGAACAAUGUGCGACGUCUCAUGGCUGAGGCUUUGAAAAUUCCCGUGUCGGAUUACACGUACGACGACUGUCGGAUAAUUCAGAAGGCUCAUCAGCUGCAUCUCCCGCAUGCGUCUAGUAUUGUGAAGACUCAUAAACUUCGGUGCAAGCUGGGUCUAGUGGCGUCGAAAACGGAGGAAGAGCUCGUUCAGAAGAAAACUAGUAACUUCGGCGAUGUGAACUUGCAGGAAUUCGCGCAGAUUCUAAGACUGGACGAGAAGGAUCCGACCACUCAGCAAUUGUUUCGCAUUCAUGACAGGUUCGGACAAGGAAAAAUCGAUCUUCAGGAAUACAUCUUUACCGUGUUGGCCACCGCAAAUGCGUCUUCGGAAUUAGACAAGGUCGAAAUUGCGUUCGACGUUUGCGGCUCGAAGACUGCGUUGUGCCUGGCCCAAUCGGAACUCAGAAAAGCUCUGAGGUUAUCGCUAUAUAUACAAUCAGAAGAAUCCGAUAGAAUCUUUCAACAGGCUAGACACGAUGAGGAUGAUGACGUCACAGUGAGCUUCGACGAUGUCCUGACGCAAUUGUCGAACCGUGCGGAGUACGCGCAUUUGUUCAACGCGAACAACGAAAAUUCGAAGAAGGCCAUUUGAAAGUGUCUUUUGGAGCCCGAUGUUCCAUCUGGAGAACAUCGAGGCAGGCCCUUUCACAAUCCCAUCUGCUCCAUCCCCGUAUGAGGAACGCAUCCGAUGCUUCGAGGAUCUAAUGCGAAACUAUUUUGUCGUUGACGGAAGUUGCAGUCGCGAGACUUAGACAACUAGCUUGUCUUUCCUGUGUAAACCUGUAAAUUAGAGAAAGCCAAGAAACUUAGUGAUAGGAACUUAAAUGCCGCGAUUCUAAAUCAUCCUAGAUUUGAUAAAUUCCUGAAUAUUUAGUUACGAGGAUUCUAUAGAAUCGGGCGAUACACGAAGAUCCAAAGAUAUAUACAGAUCUUAGAUAUCCGAGGAUUUGAAGGUUCGUUAACUCCCGAGGGACGACAACGCCCUGGGAUUUGAGGGGUUGGUCAUUCCGUCUGAGAGGGAUUUUGAAAGCCUAAGGACUUGAGGGAAGAGACUAUAUUAAAAUGUUUUGGGAAAGAAGGAUAGUUUAAAAAUAUUCAAAACAAAAAUAUUUGCAUGAGGAUUCCGUGACACAUUUUCAAUUGAAGAUCUACUAACGUAGAAUCCUAAGAAAAAGAAAAAAUUUUUGCCUGUUGCUUUGCCGCAUAUGACGAACUAGUUGAGCGAACUUCAGAAUUCAGUCACGAGACUUCCCGUAGCUCGAGAGGAUUUCAGUAUCCGUGACUGUAGGGCUUGGAUAUGUAUAUUUAGAGAAGCAAAAAAGCACAGAAAGAAGAUGAACAGGCAAUUGUAUAAUUUAUUUUUUCUGGCUCGAUUAUUUGACGAGACUCCGCGAAAUUCGAUACACAUGUACAGACAUGCAGGCAUGCACGCACGGAGAUACACAUGUACGAUAAGUUGCAUGUUACUUGUGCACACCAUAAACCGGCACGUAUGUAGGCAACGUAAUGUACACACAAACACACACACACACACACACACACGCAUAUAUGAGAGAGACGCAGCAAGAUGUACGAAUCGAUCGACGUGUAUACCGUCUGUGUAUGCGCGCGUAAGUACACUCAUGUGUGUACGUAUGUAUGUAAGCAUGUAUGUAUGUAUAUACGAAGAAAAAUAUGCGGGUGCAGUUAGAGAGCAUCCUUUGUAAUAUCUGUAUAUGAACGCGAAAUGACCAAGCUCCAACAGCGCAUUGUACUGGUCAUUGUGAGCUUGAAAGCGGAUAUGUUCAAUUAUAGAACAUUUUACUACGAAUGAGUAUGUUGAGAAAAAAAAUAACAAUAUUUAUUGAACCGA